AUGGUCUGUCAUACCACCAACGCUUCAGUGACUGACCGGAACCGAGUGAUUGCCGUCUCCAGACUUCCCUUCAACAUCCUUCUGGUCUGUCUCCUCCUCGUCGGAAUCGUCGGGAAUUCGAUCGCUAUUCACGUAUGUCACCGGAAGCAGAAGCGAGGGAAUCGUUUCUACAUCCUCCUCCUUGCCGUGUACGAUAUAAUUGCCAGUGUGGAUACCGCCAUCAGCGUCCUGAUCCUCAACUCUUACAGCGUCAGCUUCCCUUCUGAUGUGUUGUGUAAAGUAAUGACAUAUUUUAUGUGGACGACCCCUUCGUCCUCAGCCCUGAUGGUUCUUAUCAUUGCUUUACAGCGUUUCCUGCUCGUCUUUAAACCUACUAAACGCUACUUCGAUCCUCGACAUCAUCGAAUCACCGUCGUACUUGUUGUUACUUUCGUUCCUAUGGUGAUUGCUGUUCCAAUGUGUGUCUUCUCUGGAACAGCUGCUAUAAAUGUUUCUUUGUCGGACGGGUCACAUUUAACAACGUGCUCUUGUGAGGCAAAGACAGGUACUUUUAAAGAGUCUGAGGAAAGUUAUAUUAUGUUUUUGUUCGUUCUUACUUUGCUUUUGAUUUUGACAACAACUCUUUUGUACGCUCCUGUUGGAUUUGUCAUUUUGAAAAAGUAUAAAAAUUCAGGGUCUUCCCAGAAUCCCCCGGAAUUCCAAUCAAAUUCCAUUGACGCCGUUGAAACAUUGACUUCCGAUAUCACGGACGUUAGAACAGCAAUGCGAGAAGAAAGGCGGGGAAACCGCGGGCGACCAAAUGUUACUCUAAAUUUCCACAUGAUGUUCGGAGUGAUUGUAAUGACUUACCUGCUAACCUAUAUACCUACCUUUACGAUGAUAUUGGUCCAGAGACAAAAAGCCGGCUACUGGUUGGACCUGAGUGGCGGGAAACUGACCAUUUUCCUGCUUCUCCGGCGCUUCCACAUGGUCUCCAACGUAGUGAAUCCGUUCGUGUACGGAUAUUUCGACAUCACCUUCAGGUCUUAUUACGCCGCCGUGUUUAGGUCGUUGUUUUGUUGUAGAAGUUCAAGUAAAACUAAUUGUCUUCGAGACAGGAGAUCAGAGGAGACAGAUACAGAUAACACGUACUACUAG